GACACCGGCGGCAGCGCGCGGCGCCGCCCGCGCGCCCGGCACAAAGCGCGGCCAUGAGGCGGCUGUAGGCCCCCGGGCCCGACCGCUCGCUUCGGCCGGAGCGGGAGGGGGGUGUGUGGGGAGGGGGGUGUGUUCGCGGGCGGCCGCGGGGUGGAUGCCGGCAGGGGCCGGCCGCGCACGGCACCAUGCACACCGUGCAGAAGGACACCACCUUCACCAAGAUCUUCGUCGGGGGGCUGCCCUACCACACCACCGACUCCUCCCUCAGGAAGUACUUCGAGGUCUUCGGGGACAUCGAGGAGGCGGUGGUGAUCACGGACCGGCAGACCGGCAAAUCCCGGGGAUACGGCUUCGUGACCAUGGCAGACAGAGCUGCAGCUGAAAGAGCGUGCAAAGACCCAAACCCCAUCAUUGAUGGCAGGAAAGCAAACGUGAACCUGGCAUAUUUGGGAGCAAAACCAAGGAGUAUUCAAACUGGUUUUACCAUAGGUGUGCAGCAGCUACAUCCAGCCUUCAUUCAGAGACCCUUUGGACUCACGCCUCACUAUGUUUACCCCCAAGCUAUCAUCCAGCCCAGCGUGGUGAUCCCCACCCCCGUGCAGUCCAUCACCUCUCCCUACAUCGACUACACCGCCGCCAGCCAAGCCUAUUCCCAGUACACCACAGCUGCCUACGACCAGUACCCCUACGCUGCCUCCCCCGCCGCCGGCUUCGUGGGCUACGGCUACACGGGCACGGUGCAGCCCCCGCUCAGCGCCGGCACCCCGGCAGCGCCCGCCACCGCCUUCGUGCAGUACCAGCCCCAGCAGCUGCAGCCCGACCGCAUGCAGUGAGGCCCUGCCCUGCCACCUAGGACAAUCUUUGACCAUGGAAGGAUACAACUAGGACACCACCACCACCAAAAACCCCAGGAAAAGAAACAAAACGGGAUAAAAAAGGAAAAAUAAAUCACCCCCCACCCCCUUUCCCCUUUGUCCCCUCCACGUAGGUGCAUAUCAAUACCUGAGCUAUUUAUAGUGUUAAGGGCCAACCCAAACCCUUGCAGUCUGACUGUGCUUAUGAAAAUGGACUUCUGGUAAGUUUGUUUGGGGGGUUUUUUGGGGGUUUUUCUUUGUUUCAAUCUGGACAGAUAACUGUCUCGAAGAUGUCCUUAACGUGACUGAAACGUUUCACAGGAAAGCUGCAGCUCCUUGCACACGUGGUGGGCUGCUUCCAUCACCCCUGGGCUUCUCUCCACCCCUGCCCUGCCAUCCCUUCCUUCCUCAUCAAACCUGCAAUCCUCUUAUUUACACUGAGCUACAGAGGUACUCGGAGAACGCGGAAAAGAGCAAUCUUAUUUUUUGGUUGUACAAAAACUUUGUAAUACUCAGAGAUGCCUUACAGAAGAAAAAGAAAAACAAACCACAAAAGACAAAGAAACUAUUUUUUAAUAUUUAUUGCGAUUUGAGUCGCAUGAGCUGUGAAUUGCAGACACAGGAGUAGGAGUAAGUAUCUGCCUUGUUUAAUUCUCAUUUUACUAAAUUAUUGUAUGUAGGUUCUGAAGUAAUUGCUGAAUCACUUCAACAUGCAAAAGGGAAUAUUGGCUUGAAGGAGAGCAGGAUAUUCCUUUAGUCAACGCACUGUACUAUUUUCUUAUUGUAAUUGUUACUCUGUUAAGAUUAUCUCAAAUUUAGGUCUAUUUUUAAAUGCAAAAAAGAAACCCAACCAAGAAUACCGAACACUUUGUCUACUUUGGUAGAUCUUUUGUUACAAUGCUGCAACCUAUGGAGACAUUUACAGUAUUUAUGUAAAAGAGAUCUGGGGCUGUUGGCCAGCACAGUGUAGGAGAAUAUCAUGAGUGGAGCUAAAGAGUUAUGUCACUGAACAAACGGGUUACCAUAACCUGUUAAUGCCUAUGAUCCAACAGCCAAAUGAAGAGAACAGACAAUGUAAGUUAAGUGCAUUUCUACAAAGAACAGCAAUAAACUAUUUUAACUUUUAAGCUUA